AUGACUCGAUGUUUCGCACAGCUCUAAGCCCAGCGUAGAUACACAUAUAAAAAGGGCAAACAAUGAUCAUAUUGUAAUGUUUUUUAAAUAAUCAAUUUAAAUAUGCACUGACUGAAGACUAUUGUUAUAUUAUCGGUUAUAUGCGACACCGUGAAUUUUAUCAUUUAUGUUUCUUUAUUCUGGACGCAAUUUAUUGUAAACCUGAGCUAUGGAUCCUUUUGAUGUUUCAGACAGAAGCAGCUGGUACUUUGGUCCCAUGUCGCGACAAGAUGCUACAGAAGUUUUAAUGAAUGAGCGUGAACGAGGAGUAUUUUUAGUUCGAGACAGUAACUCUAUAGCGGGGGAUUAUGUACUUUGCGUAAGAGAAGAUACAAAAGUUAGCAACUACAUCAUUAACAAAGUUCAACAACAGGAUCACAUCGUUUACCGCAUAGGGGAUCAAUCUUUCGAUAAUCUACCAAAACUAUUGACUUUUUACACACUUCAUUACUUGGAUACAACCCCUCUAAGACGACCUGCGUUUAAAAAAGUGGAAAAAGUUAUAGGAAAGUUCGAUUUUGUUGGCAGCGAUCAAGAUGAUUUGCCAUUUCAAAGAGGUGAAGUUCUUACAGUAGUUCGAAAAGACGAGGAUCAAUGGUGGACUGCACGAAAUUCAUCGGGGAAAAUUGGGCAAAUACCGGUUCCUUAUAUACAAACGCAUGAGGGUUUUAUAGACGAAGAUACAUUAAAGAAUAAUUCAUCAUCUACCCACUUGCUUAACAGCACAUUAAAGAGGACCGAUUUAAACCGCAAACUGCCCGCAUACGCCCGCGUAAAACAGUCAAGGGUUCCGAACGCCUACGAUAAGACUGCAUUGAAACUGGAAAUUGGUGAUAUUAUUAAAGUCACUAAAACAAAUAUAAAUGGACAAUGGGAGGGGGAACUAAACGGGAGACAUGGUCACUUCCCAUUCACGCACGUUGAAUUUGUCGAUGAUUGUGAUUUAGGUAAUAACUCCACAGAAAUACGGUAAAUGAUGGUAGGAGCGAACGGGUAGAACAGUGAAUCUUUCUUCGGAUCAUUUUUAUUUUUAAGUUAGAUGUAUGAAAAUUAAGUUGUGUAAACCAAUUGUUAACAUAAUCGGAAAAUUAAAUAAUCAAUAAUUUAUUUGGAUCUUGAAAAUAA